AUGAAGGUCAAGGUCAAAUCGUGGAACGCGGUUGCGUGUUGGUUGUGGGAUGUCAAGGACCCGGAUGAUAUCUGCGGUAUUUGCCAGAGCAACUUUGAUGGCUGCUGUGCGAGUUGCAAAGAGCCUGGUGACAGUUGUCCUUUGUUGUUUGGCAAGUGCAGUCACGAGUUUCAUCUUCAUUGUAUCAUGAAGUGGCUUCAAGACAACAAUGGAUGCCCAUCAUGUCGGCGACCGUGGGAGGAGGUGGAAGGUACGACCAUCGGCACCGCUGCUACAGCAAUGACUGCGGCAGAGACCACAUGA